AUGUCAAAGCUUUGGCAUGAAGUAAAGAAAGGAACAUCAAUUGCUACACAAUACGUUAAGGAAAAAACAGGUGUUAGCAAGUCUGAAGUAAAUCCACUGUUCGAAAGCGCUUGCGAAAAGUAUCAAGUUUUAAAUGAACAAUUUACAACAUUCAAAUCAGAUUUAGAUGUGAUAUUGGAUUCCGCACAAAAGGCUUCUAAGUCUGGCGCUGAAAUGACCAAGUAUCUUCAACAAGCUGACAAAGCUAAUGGAUCAAGUUCUCAAUCUGUUGUUGUUCCAGUCUGCAAUUUCUUCGAGAACAACGAAAAAGUUAUUAAAGAGCAGUUUAACGAUACUGUUGAGAAAGACGUCAUGGCAAACUUCAAAGAAGUCCUUAAAACGAUGGAUCACUUGGGCGAGCUUAAGAGCAAGAGAAAUAAAACAGCUUUGUACGUAGGAUCACUUAAAAACGAUACAGAGAAGUACGCAAAGAACGGCGACUCCGAAAAACUUACAAAAGCAAAGAUUGAGUACGAACAACAGCUUGAUACACUUAAUCAUCAAACUGAGGAAUUUAUUAAUACCGUAGGACAGCUCUGGCAGACUAAAGCUUCAAUUUUAGAGACAGCAAUUCAAGAAUUCUUCUCAAUCACUUACGGACUUUCACGCCAACUUUACGGCAACGUCCAAACAAUGGAAGCAAACAUCAACUCAUCCUACGCUUCAAAUACAGCAGAAAAUCCUUAUGCUGCUGUUGGAUACUCUGUUCCACCUUAUGCUCCUCCACAGUAA